GAAGUAUUCAAAUCUGUUCACAUGUGAUCCACAGCUUGUCCUGUACACCUCGAUGUUGAUUGGUUCUUGUUCACCUCAAACCUGUCAUUGGGAGAUACAACCAAAAUAAAAAAGUAAACAAUGACAUGUUAAAGGUCAACAAGGACCAAUCAACAUCGAGGUGUUCAGAACGAGCUGUGAACCACAUGUGAACAAAUUUGAAUACUUCACUUCUACCUCAAGUUUGUGCUGAUGAUGUCGUCCAUAAGAACGACAAAAGCUCCACGACCAAACCAUCCAUCUCAGAGAACAAAACUCCAUCAAAAUCAUCCACCUGAGCUACAAAUCUUCUCCACGGGCAUAAGUAACAUAAUCAUCGGAAAUGGAUCUAGACAUUGACGACCUACUUAUUCCUGCCAUCUAGAUAUUUUAACAAGUUAUCUGUUUUUGUUUUAACACAUCAUUAUGUCUAUCAAUCGCAUAACCUAUUCAGGCGUGUUUAUGAAAUGUUUACGACAUUUCGCUCUAUAAGUUACGAAAAAAUGCAAUUAGAGACACUGUUUUCAACCAUAAAAGUGUCAUGUUUUAAGUUCACCAACCUCUGACAUUCACUAGUCACUUCUUGUAGCGUUAUAUUUGAACACUGUCCAAUUUUACUCGGAAUUCUAGUCCUGAUGUUGGCAUCUUCAGGUGACUGCAAGCUGCAUACGGAAAAAAGACACUUAAACUGGUCUUCUGUCAUUGAUGAUAAUCUGAAAGGCUCACACUCGCGAUUUACUAUGCCAGCGUGUUGCACCCAGUCAUUGUCUCCAGCUUUCGCCAAAUUAAGACAUUGGUAACAAAUACUGAACAAAGAUAACCGUUCACCAAAGAUUUGCGACAAAGUUACAACUGUUGUAUCAAAUGAAAGGUCUCUGGAAUUCUUAGGGUGAAGUAGCAGUACUCUGACCUUUGCGGUAUCAUCAAGUUUUUCUAGGUCGACCUUGGAUACAUCUUUGUAUUUCUUGAACCACGAUUCAAAUUAACGCCAGCCAAACCAUCAAAAUGAAACUCGUGGAUAGAAAUAACGAUAUGGUCGACAUGGGAUUUGAACGAACCAUCUGUAAACCCCUUUUGAUUUAGGUUCAUUUGCUAAGUUAGAGCUUCUAGAAUACGAAUUUAGAACUGUUCGAAACGUUUUUCUUGACGCUCUAGCAUGGCUUCGAAUUAGUCAAAGGUAAAUAACAUCUUGAUAAGUUAACCCCGUCGCUAGUUGUCAUAUCUAAAACUUAGUUUCUUAUUAUACCACGUACAAAAUGGGCACUCGAACUCUAGAACCCCGCAGGUUGCAAAUGAGAAGACAGAAGAUAAGUGAAAGGAAUGCUAUUCCAAUCAGUGUCAAUUAUGGUACAAAACUCAGGUAUUUAUAGUUUCCGGUAAUAACGAAAUCGUCAUUAUAGUCCCCCAAUCCGUAUACAGGGGGUUAUUAGCAUUUGUCCAAUAGGGAAGCUACACGUCGAGAUUCUGGAAUGUCCCUCCAAAAGAUGAUUGGUUGGAAUAUCUUCAGCUCUUUCUGAGCUCCUUGGAGCUUCCUAGAGUUCACCCAUGGGCUAUCCUCACACCGGCGAUAUGAAUUAAAAAGAAUAAACAUUAUUUAGAUGUCGAUUCCUGAACUCCUAACAUCUAACUUAACUGAUUUUUAAAAAAAUUAAGUAGCUCUUUUUUCUAAUCAGAACUGAUAUGCAUGCUUUCUUAACAUUGUCUUCUUGAUAAACUUGCCAUAGUAUAGAAGAUAUUUUAAAGGGAAUGACUACUAGAUUGCUUAAACCUUUGUUCAGUCGAAGUCACUGCUUCAAAGUAAAAUCCACCUCACCAUUUCAAUGCUUAGUUUACUCCUAACACUUAAAAUGUGUUGUGUUCAAAUAAAUUAUGAUUGUAAAAUGCUGGACGUAUUCUUAGGUUGGAUCACUUUGUUAUUGGUUAGUCUUCCAUUUAGUAAGUUUUGAUGAACUCUUAUGUAUAGAAAUCUUUAAAUUCACUUAUCGCACUAGCGCAAUAUAAUCUCUAAUCGGCUCAGUUGUCUAUAUGCAGAUCUCUUUCAUUAUUAAACAUCAAUUUUCAGUGUAUUCCCAUGUUACUCAUUUCAAAGUUUCCAGAUCCACAUCAGACUACAACUACUGAUUGAAUGUGAUGUCAUCUUGAUUGAUGUUUCAUUAAAUAUUAUUUCACUUAAUGUGAUAUAUCGAAACUUCUUCACUGACUACAAUUUGAACACAUUUACACACCAAAUGAUUUAUAUAUUAAUGCUUUAAAAAUUCGUAUUCAAUAUUUUAACAUGAUUAGACAGUUGUUUAGUAAACGGUUAUUUUGUAACACUAUUCAUAUUCGAUAAUUUUGAUCGUCUCCCUCAAGAUCGCCGUGCUAAAUCUCGGUUUCAGUUUUCUAAGUGUUUAGCGCGAAACUACUGUAAAACCAUUCAUUCUAAUUUGGAUAGAUGUUCUUAUUUAUUUUUGAUGAUCUACUGAGUUGUUCCGAAACCAGUUUGUUUCACAUGUUUAGAGAGCGGCAGUUUGUGUAAUUCGUAUUGUAGUCACUCCGGUUGGUGUAGGUUAAAAGUCCCAUGUAAAAGAACCAUUAUCCACCUGAUAUAGAUUGUUUAGAGAUCCAGUGUAAUAUUUCUCUCUCGGAGAACUCGGAUAUAAUAACAACCACUUUUGUUAACAUGUCUGCAGCAUUAUUGGUUAUAAAUAAUGACAGGAUGUCGUUUCUACAAUACUUAGUUAUUUUCUUUUCAGAACAUUACUAUCGCAUGUAUUAUUUCAGUACUGCCCAUUUGUGUAUUUUAUAUCCCGUUGUCUGAAGCAAUGACUUAACGGUUAGAGCUUUCAAACGACAUAACUGCUUGUCUGAAAUCCCACUCUACGUUAUUCAAUCAGCUUUCGCAAUGUUACUAACCUUCAUACAAAAAGUAUACCUCGAACCCGAGUGAAUAAACCUGUAAUUGAUAAACCACUUACACUGUUUGAUAUCUAGAUAUUUAGGUUUUAAUUUUCUUAAGCUCAUAUGGUUUGCUUAAAUGGCGACUCUUCUCAGAGUUACCUUUAACCGGGGUUACUCAGGACUUAGCAUGUACAUGUGUCGUAAAUAAACUGAUAUCAUGUUAUGGAUUAUUAAUGUUGAUAAUACUAACUCUAACCUUGUUUUACAUAGAUAUUUAUUAAGUUAGCUAUUAUCUAAUUCGAAUUCCUUUCUAUUUAAAUUAGUUUUUUAAUUAACAUCCGGAUGGAUUUAUAAAGUUGUCCAAAAACAUGCAAUCCUUCUGAAAACAAUGGUUAUUCAAAUGUUAAUACUGUGUAUAGUUUCAAUUCUGUCAUUUGCCUACGCUGAUAUUACUACUACUACUACUACUGCUAAUACUACUACCAUUACAUUGAAUAAUUCGGUUAAUACUAUACAACCUUAUUUUAGUUGUAAUAUAACUCAACGCGGUUUUCAUCUUCGAUUGCAUUGUGAUUUCCAUGAUUUUUCAAUUAGUUUACUGGAGCAUUGUCAACUUCAUGUACAUUUACCAUCAGGUUUUUUCAUUGAUCCAUAUGAAUUAACUUCUAGUCAACCGAACUUAAAAUUUUCAAUUAGUCAGUCAGAAAUACAACCAAAAUUACAUGAUACCAUUAAACAAUUUGUAAAUUGGUUUACAUAUUCUAAGUUGGAGAAGAAAAAUACCGAUCAUUCCGAUGAAAGUAAACAAUUAAUUAUUCAGAAUAAUUUGGUUGAUAUUGAAGCUCCAGAAUGGCUUGCUAAACCAUUAACAUUCAAAUUUAAUAUUAAUCAACUGGGGAUAAAUCAAUCAAUUAGUUAUUUAGAUUUACCUAUUCAUCUACGAUAUCAUCUCCCAUCAACAAAAACUGAUAACACUAAUGAUGAUUCUAUAUAUAUUACUGAAAUUAAACAUCCUAUACUCAAUUGUCCAAAAGGCAAUAAUGUCAGAAAUAUAAACAGUCAACAGUUCUUCUCUAUCAUUGUUCCUAUACCUUUGUUAUCUUACCUUGUAUUUGUGAUGCCUAUUACAAUUUUACUGCUAAUUAUGGGUAUGAUAUAUCUCUUGAUGGCGUAAUCCGAUUCUCAUAUAUAUAUUCCUCAUUUUUAUCGCUGACUUCAUACAUAAUUAUUUUUUGUAUAUUGACAUAUCUUAAAAGAAACCGUUGCGUAAACAGCCUAUUUUAAUGAUAAAAAAGUUAUUUCAUUUUUUUAUUCUAUUUCUCACACAUGUUUAGAGUUAAUCUAUGUUGUUAUUUGGUUCAAAUUAAUAUAAAAUCUAUUUAAA